CUUCUUUGCCCCUCCAUUGCAGGUACAACAACUAAGAUCACCACCAUUCCCAUGACGUCCAAGCCCAACGUUAUCGUGGUGCAGAAGACCACUGACAAAGGAACGACCAUCCAGGGUCUGCCUGGCAAGAAUGUGGUCACCACGCUAUUGAACGCAGGGGUCAGUUCAACAUUGUUUUUUAUUCUUAAUUAAGCCAUUUUGUGAUGUUACAUUUCAUUUAUCUAGAUUGUAAUUAAUUAUUUCAGAAUCUUUCAGAUGUAUUGACCCAACAACUUAUUUUAGGUUUAUGGGUAGUUCUAGUUUAGCCUUUCCGUCUGAUCAGUCUAUUGCAUUUAGCUUCAUAUUAUACGUCACAAGUUUAAAAUGUUGUCAUUUAGCAGACGCUAUUAUUCAUAGCGACUUACAUUAAGACAACCACAUAUCACAGUCAUAGUAAGUCAGUGCUAGUAAGAAAAGACCCGUGCAAGUGUUGGUGCAAGAAAGGCAAAUGACUAUGGUAGCGUCAGAAAUGGCACCCUAUUCCUGUUGUAGUGCACUACUUUUGACCAAGGCCAGAGGGCUCUGGUCAAAAGUAGUCCACUAUAUAAGGAAUAGGGUGGCAUUUGGUAUGUAUCCUAAUUAGGGCUGUCAAAGUUAACGCUAGCGUUUAUGCAUAUCAUUUUUAAUGCCGUGAAUUUUUUAAAAGCCGUUAACGCAUUUUCUUAGUUUGACCCCCUGAACCAUCCAUAGUUCAAAUUCAAGCCCCGGCAGCCGAUGCGCUAGUUUGACAAUUAGUUUACUAGCUAGCUACUUGUAUGACUGAAUUAUGGAUAAUGCUAGUAAGGGGCUUUUAAAUGGCAAAUUCGAUUUAAAACCCUCCCAGAUGGCUCUCUGGAUAAAACCAAAAUAAUUUGCAUCUACUGCAAGGCUGAUUUUGUUUAUCACCGAAGUACAUCGAGUCUUCGUUAUAAUUUACAAGCGAAACAGGCGCCGGGCAAUACAAGUAAUGUUACUAGUAGCAAUGUAGGACAUCUUCGGCAGGCUAAGCUAGAAGAGUAUGCACGCAGGAGGCCUAUGGACAAGUCGACGAGCAGCACACAAGCAAUAGCCAAGGGGAUAGCUACAGCUUGCAGGCCAGUCCACAUUGUGGAGGACGAAGGCUUGAGGGAUAUAAUUCGGAUCUCAUCGAACGACUCAACGUAUGAGUUACCCUCGAGAGCCACCGUCAUUACAAGAAUACACGAGCUGUAUGAAAGCGAGAGGGCUACGAAAGCGGAGGAGUUGAAACAUGCAACAGCUGUUGCUCUUACGGGAGACCACUGGUGAGUAACCACAACUACCUUGGGGUUACUGCGCACCACAUCGAUGAAAACUGGAAACUGCAUUCACACGCUCUGGCCAUAAUGAAGACAGAAGAGAGGCACAAUGCUGAAACGUGCACUGAGCAUUUCAUGGAUGUAGCAAAGCAGUGGAACAUUGAAAACAAAGUUACCACACUUUGCACAGACAGUGCAUGGGACAUGAUUGCAGCUGCGAGACAUCUGCCUUUUGAACACCUGGUUCAAAAGGUCCAUCACAGUGUCCCUACAGAACAGCGGGUUCGACAAUGCCCUAGCCAAAUGCUGAAAUGUUGUUGAGCAUUUCAAACACAGCCCACCAAACGUUACAGAGCUAGGACAACAGCAAGUUGCAAAUGGGCAAAAGAAGUCACUUGCACAAGAUCAAAUCAAAUCAAAUUGUAUUUGCCACAUGCGCUGAAUACAACAGGACCUUACAGUGAAAUGCUUACUUACAAGUAGGGGUGUAACGAUCCAUCUACUACAUCGAUGUAUCGAUUUAUAUUCCUAUGAUCCAACUACAUCGAUCUGUGCUCGGCGAGUUGGCCUUUUGGACAACAUAUAUCAAUCUAACAUCGUUUUAAAAUGUAAUAAAUCGAUUGUAUCGAUACUAGGAAAUAACCCAUUGGAUUUAAGCACGUCAGACUUUAUAUGGAUGUUUUUUCUUAGCACUUUUAAUGAUAAAGGCUUUAAACAUUACUCGAUUCAGUCUGCCUAUCCGUGACGUCAUCGCCCCGCGCCAGCAGCAGCGCAAAGGCGCAAAGACAACAAAACAUAGCAUGGCGGACGACAGAGGAGAAGCCGACGAGCGAGAAAUUAUCAAGCCACCAUUGCGGUCCUUACAAGAAACAGGAAUCUAGGAAACUUCACCUGCACUGUCCAGUAUCCAGGUAUUUAUUUCAGUCACACUGGUUGAAUUUUUGGCUAAAAGGUUACUGAAUUGAUUUCAAGUCACUGAAUCGUUUCGGAUCGUAUCGUUCUAAAUGAACCAAUAUCGACCUUGAAUCGUAUCGACAACCACGAAUCGUGAUACAAAUCGAAUCGUUGUUAAAACGAAUCGUUACACCCCUACUUACAAGCCCUUAACCAACAAUGCAGUUUUAAGAAAAAUAAGUGUUAAGUAAAAAAUAGAUAAGUAAAAAGUAAAACGAACAAAUAAUUAAAGAGCAUCAGGAAAAUAAAAUAACAGUAGGGAGGCUAUAUACAGGGGGAACCGGUACAGAGUCAAUGUGCAGGGGCACAGGUUAGUCGAGGUAAUUGAGGUAAUAUGUACAUGUGAAUUAAAGUGACUAUGCAUAGAGAAUAAACAGAGUAGCAACAGCGUAAAAGGUGGGGUGGGGUGGGGGGGCAGUGCAAAUAGUCCGGGUAGCCAUGAUUUAGCUGUUCAGGAGUCUUAUGGCUUGGGGGUAGAAGCUGUUAAGAAGCCUUUUGGACCUAGACUUGGCGCUCUGGUACUGCUUGACGUGCGGUAGCAGAGAGAACAGUCUAUGACUAGGGUGGCUGGAAUCUUUGACAAUUUUUAGGGCCUUCUUCUGACACUGCCUGGUAUAGAGGUCCUGGAUGGCAGGAAGCUUGGCCUCAGUGAUGUACUGGGCCGUACGCACUACCCUCUGUAGUGCCUUGCGGUCGGAGGCCAAGCAGUUGCCAUACCAGGCAGUGAUGCAACCAGUCAGGAUGCUCUCGAUGGUGCAGCUGUAUAACUUUUUGAGGAUCUGAGGACCGAUGCCAAAUCUUUUCAGUCACCUGAGGGGGAAUAGGCUUUGUCGUGCCCUCUUCACGACUGUCUUGGUGUGUUUGGACCAUGAUAGUUCGUUGGUGAUGUGGACACCAAGGAACUUGAGCUCUCAACCUGUUCCACUACAGCCCCGUCGAUGAGAAUAGUGGCAUGCUCAGUCCUCUUUCUUUUUUUUCCCUGUAGUCCACAAUCAUCUCCUUUGUCUUGAUCACGUUGAGGGAGAGGUUGUUAUCCUGGCACCACACGGCCAGGUCUCUGACCUCCUCCCUAUAGGCUGUCUCAUUGUUGUCGGUGAUCAAGCCUACCACUGUUGUGUCGUCGGCAAACUUAAUGAUGGUGUUGGAGUCGUGCCUGGCCAUGCAGUCAUGGGUGAACAGGGAGUACAGGAGGGGACUGAGCACGCACCCCUGAGGGGCCCCCAUGUUGAGGGUCAGCGUGGUAGAUGUGUUGUUACCUACCCUUACAACAAGAUGGAAUUCCACUCUGGAAAUGGUAAAGCUUGUCCACAGAAACCAACAAUUACUGAGAGAUGCUCUGGCCCAACAGAAAACGAGCAUCACCAUGCCAACCACAGCUGAACUGGAGAAACUGCAGAAACUGGAGACACUACUGGAGCCCUGCAGGUAAUCUUCUUUAUCUCACUAUUAGUGUUAGAAUAAGAUUUUUUGUGUGUGUCUGUGUAUUAUAAGUCUCUCACAAUUGAUUGAAGUGAUUUUGAAUGAUCUUCCAUUGCAGGCACUUGACUGAACUUCUGGGAGGAGAGAAGUACAUUUCAUGCUCAGUGGUGUUGCCUGCUUUGUGCCAUCUCUUUCGGGUGAUGGAGAGCUCUGAUGAUGACCCUGCCUAAGUGGUAAGAUUCAUGCUGACAUUCACAACAGACCUGGAGAAACGCAAGGAAAACACCAACCUCAUAUGGCUGAAGAUCGCCACAGCACUCGACCCAAGGUUUAAGGACCUGAAGUGCCUUCCCAGACCUGAGAGGGGUGAGGGCUUUGGUCAGCAACUUGCUGAAGGAAGAGAGGCCUGCACAGCAACCUGGUAAAGCAACAGAGUCAGAGCCAACAAAGAAGAAAGCUGCCCUUUUUCUUGAGUUCGUAUGGGUCUGAUGAGGAGGAGUCCAUUGAGAAAUGUGUGGAGCGUAACAAAGCAGAGCCCAGCAUCAACAUGAUGGACUGUCCACUACAGUUGUGGUCACAGUAUGCAGGGGCACACACCAGGCUAGCCUGCAUUGCACAAAGGUACCUGGCAACGCCUGCCACUUCAGUACCCUGUGAGAGGUUGUUUUCACUCUGUGGGUGUAUCGUACAAAAGAAGAGAGCAGCUUUAUCAUCUGAAAAUGGCAACAGGCUUGUUUGUCUUUGCAACUGGCUCAGUGAAAAUAAAUAGGAGGACGUCUGAAGUGUAUGGUCACAGGUUUAUGUUUUGUGGAAUUCAUGACAUUGUUGGACAGGUGAUUGUCUUUGUUCUUUGUAUCCAUAGAGCCCGUUUUGUUUUUCUAAAAGCCAACCCUCCAAUCAGUAAUUGUGAAUGGCUGAUGCUUUAGUGUGUGUGUGUGUGUGUGUGUGUGUGUGUGUGUGUGUGUGUGUGUGUGUGUGUGUGUGUGUGUGUGUGUGUGUGUGUGUGUGUGUGUGUGUGUGUGUGUGUGUGUGUGUGUGUGUGUGUGUGAGAGAGAGAUAAUUUGAGGGAGCAUUAGUAGGCCUACUGGGAGCAUUAAUAAGUUACAGGACUUUUGUAUUGCUUAACUUGUUUAUGGUGAAUAUGCCAUUAAAAACAUUCUGAUACAGAAUAUGUUUUGUGUUUCAGUCCCUACAUGCCUAGAACUCAAUACACUGCUUUUUUUUUUAAUGGAAAAAUCUUUAUUUAGCACCAAAGAAAUGAACGAUUAAUCGCGACUAACUACAGAAUUUAAUUGAGAUUCAUUAUUUAAAUUGUUUGACAGCCCUAAUCCUAAUAUGAAUGCUUCUGUGCCUUAGGGUGAGAAGACACUGCAGGGUGUUCCGGGGUCCAAGCCAGCCAUCAUCACAGCCUCCAGACCCAUCACCAAGAUGAUCGUGACACAGCCCAAAGGCAUGGGUUCCGGGGUGCAGCCCACCACCAAGAUCAUCCCCACCAAGAUAGUGUACGGCCAGCAGGGCAAGACCCAGGUUAGUACCAGGCCAGUGCUGUCUCAGCCGGUGUAGGGUGAAGUUGCCCCUUGACGCUGGGUCUUGGGUCAGUUUUGUCUUUCUCCCACUAAUGGUUAGGGUUGGGGGAGGGGAAGCUGAUCCUAUAUCUGUCUGUACCCUGGGGAAACUUCACCCCGUAGAAGUGUGGAGAUCAAUUUGUACUCAAAGCUCUUUGUCUUGGAUAUAUUUAAACCUCUGUCUUGAAUUACCAAUGCAUCAAGUCAGUGGAGCUAUAAUUUAACAAAUCAAUGUUGUAGCUUUAAGAUAUUUUUAGAAUGGCGCCGAAGAAGAUGGCAGCCAUUUUACAGCCCUCUAACCAAUUGUACUAUUAUGUGUUUCUUCGCGUAAUUUAUUCUGUACAUAAUGUUUCUGCCAUCGUCUCUUAUGACCAAAAAGAGCUUCUGGAUAUCAGGACAGCGAUUACUCAACUCGUAUUGGACGAAGAUUCUUUCUUCAACGAGUCGGAUGCGAAGGAUAUCCUACAGACACCUGACAAGGCCCAAAUCCCCGUCAUUCGCAUGAGAAAGAGAUGGAGAUAUCGUGGACGUAGGUCGGGGUGCCUUAUAAGGAUCCAACGGCGAGCGAUUUAAACUGCCUCUUCCAUCAAUCCUAUUAGCCAAGGUUCAAUCAUUUUAAAAUAAAUUAGACGACCUAAGAUUACGGUUUUCCUACCAACGGGACAUUAAAAACUGUAAUAUCUUAUGUUUCACCGAGUCAUGGCUGAACGACGACAUGGAUAACAUAAAGCUGGCGGAUAUACGCUACAUCGGCAGGAUAGAACGCUGACUCCGGUAAGACAAGGGGUGGCGGUCUGUGUAUAUUUGUAAACAACAGCUGGUGCACAAAGUCACCUAAGGCACUAAGAUUGCACUCAAUGAGCUGUAUAAGGCCAUAAGUAAACAGGAAAACGCUCAUCCAGAGGCAGCGCUCCUAGUGGCCGGGGACUUUAAUGCAGGGAAACUUAAAUCCGUUCUACCUCAUUUCUACCAGCAUGUUAAAUGUGCAACCAGAGGGAAAAUAACUCUAGACCACCUUUACUCCACACACAGAGACACGUACAAAGCUCUCCCUCGCCCUCCAUUUGGCAAAUCUGACCAUAACUCUAUCCUCCUGAUUCCUGCUUAUAAGCAAAAACUAAAGCAGGAAGCACCAGUGACUCGGUUAAUAAGGAAGUGGUCAGAUGACGCAGAUGCUAAGCUACAGGACUGUUUUGCUAGCACAGACUGGAAUAUGUUCCGGGAUUCUUCCGAUAGCAUUGAGCAGUAAACCACAUCAGUCACUGGCUUCAUCAAUAAGUGCAUCGAUGAUGUCGUCCCCACAGUGACCGUACGUACAUAACCCAACCAGAAGCCAUGGAUUACAGGCAACAUCUGCACUGAGCUAAAGGGUAGAGCUGCCGCCUUCAAGGAGCGGGACUCUAACCCGGACGCUUAUAAGAAAUCCCGCUAUGCCCUCUGAUGUGCCAUCAAACAGGCAAAGAGUCAAUACAGGACUAAGAUUGAAUCGUACUACACCGGCUUUGACGCUCAUCGGAUGUGGCAGGGCUUAAAAACUAUUACAGACUACAAAGGGAAGCACAGCCGUGAGCUGCCCAGUGACACAAGCCUACCAGACUAGCUAUAUCACUUCUAUGCUCGCUUCGAGGCAAGUAACACUGAAGCAUGCAUGAGAACAUCAGCUGUUCCGGAUGACUAUGUGAUCAAGCUUUCUGUAGCUGAUGUGAGUAAGAGCUUUAAACAGGUCAACAUUCACAAGGCCGCAGGGCCAGACGGAUUACCAGGACGUGUACUCCGAGCAUGCGCUGACCAACUGGCAAGUGUCUUCACUGACAUUUUCAACAUGUCCCUGACUGAGUCUGUAAUACCAACAUGUUUCAAGCAGACCACCAUAGUCCCUGUGCCCAAGGACACUAAGAUAACCUACCUAAAUGACUACCGACCCGUAGCACUCACGUCUGUAGCCAUGAAAUGCUUUGAAAGGCUGGUCAUGGCUCACAUCAACACCAUUAUCCCAGAAACCCUAGACCCACUCCAAUUUGCAUACCGCCCCAACAGAUCCACAGAUGAUGCAAUCUCUAUUGCACUCCACACUGCCCUUUCCCACCUGGACAAGAGGAAAACCAAUGUGAGAAUGCUAUUCAUUGACUACAGCUCAGCGUUCAACACCAUAGUGCCCUCAAAGCUCAUCACUAAGCUAAGGAUCCUGGGACUAAACACCUCCCUCUGCAACUGGAUCCUGGACUUCCUGACGUGCCGCCCCCAGGUGGUAAGGGUAGGUAACAACACAAAUGCCAUGCUGAUCCUCAACAUUGGGAACCCUCAGGUGUGCGUGCUCAGUCCCCUCCUGUACUCCCUGUUCACCCAUGACUGCAUGGCCAGGCACGACUCCAACACCAUCAUUAAGUUUGCUGACGACACAACAGUGGUAGGCCUGAUCACCGACAAUGAUGAGACAGCCUAUAGGAAGGAAGUCAGAGACCUGGCCGUGUGGUGCCAGGAUAACAACCUCUCCCUCAACGUGCUUAAGACAAAGGAGAUGAUUGUGGACUACAGGGGGGAAAAAAAGAGAACUGAGCACGCCCCCAUUCUCAUCGACGGGGCUGUACUGGAACAGGUUGAGAGCUUCAAGUUCCUUGGUGUCCACAUCACCAACAAACUAUCAUGGUCCAAACACACCAAGACAGUCGUGAAGAGGGCACAACAAAGCCUAUUCCCCCUCAGGAGACUGAAAAGAUUUGGCAUGGGUCCUCAGAUCCUCAAAAGGUUGUACAGCUGCACCAUCGAGAGCAUCCUGACUGGUUGCAUCACUGCCUGGUAUGGCAACUGCUCGGCCUCCGACUGCAAGGCACUACAGAGGGUAGUGCGUACGGCCCAGUACAACACUGGGGCCAAGCUUCCUGCCAUCCAGGACCUCUAUACCAGGCGGUGUCAGAGGAAGGCCCUAAAAAUUAUCAAAGACUCCAGCCACCCUAGUCAUUGACUGUUCUCUCUGCUGCCGCACGGCAAGCAGUACCGGAGCGCCAAGUCUAGGUCCAAAAGGCUUCUCAACAGCUUCUACCCCCAAGCCAUAAGACUCCUGAACAGCUAAUCAUGGCUACCCGGACUAUUUGCAUUUUUAAACUGCAUUGUUGGUUAUGGGCUUGUAAGUAAGCAUUUCACUGUCUACACCUGUUGUAUUCGGCACAUGUGGCAAAUAAAAUUUGAUUUAAUAUUAAGUCCAUACUACUUUAUAUAGGCACAUUAAUUAAUAGUAUGAUGUAAAAAGGAACACCAACCAGGACACUUGACAAUGGUCUCAGCUCUGCUUUACAUUAUGGAAAAAGUCAAAUAAAAAAACGAUUUCCCUGUUGCCAUUCACUGAGACUGUUCUACGUGUGUAAUAUCAAAUAACAUUAAACAUUUUAUGCCCCUCCAGGUGCUGAUCAAGCCCAAGCCCAUCUUCCAGACAGCGGUUGUGAGCGAGCAGACCAGGCAGCUGGUGAGCGAGACCCUUCAGCACACAUCCCGGGUGGCCGAUGCGGGUCCGGCUUACGCACAGGAGAGGGCGCACAAGGAAGAGUCAGGUGCCAUCGCUAAGGGCAGGUCCCCGCCCGCUGAGGGCUCCCACGGCAUCGGUCACAGUACGUUGCAUCACUCCACAUCACAGAGCAAAAAAUCCAUAAUAUAGUCUGCAGGCUAAUUACGGGAACAUAAAUCAUGGUCAAGUUAAAACUGCUGUGUAUUGCUCUUGCAUUGUUGUCUCACACAGCCGUUGACUACUUCAAAUCAAAUUGUAUUUGUCACAUGCGCCGAAUACAACAGUAAUACAACCUUACCGUGAAAUGCUUACGUACAAGCCCUUAAGCAACAAUGCAGUUCAAGAAAUGGUUAAUAAAAUAAAAAGUAACACAAAAAGAUUACAUAACAAUAAUGAAGCUAUAUACAGGGGGUACCGAGUUAAUGUGCGGGGGUACAGGUUAGUCGAGGUCAUUUGUACAUGUAGGUAGGGGUAAAGUGACUAUGCAUAGAUAAUAAACAGCGAGUAGCAGCAGUGUAAAAACAAAGUAGGGGGGGCAAUGCAAAUAGUCCGGGUGGCCAUUUGAUUAAUUGUUCAGCAGUCUUAUGGCUUGGGGGUAGAAUCUGUUAAGGAGCCUUUUGGACCUAGACUUGGCGCUCCGGUACCGCUUGCAGUGCGGUAGCAGAGAGAACAGUCUAUGACUUGGGUGACUGGAGUCUUUGACAAUUUUUUGGGCCUUCUGCCGUAGUACGAAAGUGUAUCUAUUCUCACUAGUAUUAAGCUAAGUAUAACAUUUCCCUUAACUUUAAAGUUUCAAAUGGUACAAAGUUCCACUCGCAUAAUAUAAUUGUUUCAAUUUCCUUCUACUUGAAUGCCAUGCCUAAAUCAACUGGAAUCGAAAGGGAAUCAGCCCAAUUUUAUAUACAACAUGAAUUGUUAUGGUUGUCGUCUUCGGUCAGACUCCCAGUCCGUAGUGCACAUCAUCUCCUCCAGGGGGCAGGAGUGGGCCGAGCAGCACGAGGUGUCGGUGAAGUCCAGCCCUACCAUAAUCUACCAGGACGUGUCUACGGGUGACGUGUCCCAGUCGGCCACCUCGACCAUCAAGGCCCUGCUGGAACUGCAGCAGACAACAGGUGACUGACAGACUGACCGUCGUCAUCAUGGCAACUAUCACGCCACUUACCAGGUCAAUUCCAUUUCAAUUCAGAAACUGAAUUUACUGAAUUGAAAUGGAAUUGACCCUAACCCUGCCACUAACUCUUCUCUCUCUCAUGUGAACAUUACAUUUUAGUCAUUAAGCAGACACUCUACAGAGCUCGACAUUAUGGCUUGUCAUCCGGGGCAAGUAAAAAAAUUGUCGGACAACCAGAAUAUAGAUUUCAGUUGUCUGGAUGGACAGGUAUACAAAAUUGAUCGCACAAAAAUCACUAUCAAACAAUUACUCCGAUCAGAAUUGGAUCAGGCAGCGCACAGCAGGGGAGUGCAUGGUCGACAUUGAGUAAAUUGCUUAUAUUCCUAUUCGCUAUUGCCUAUUUCAUUAAAUACGUUAUAUUAACACAAAGCAAGAGAACAAUGUAGACAGAGCUAAGAGUCUUACCAAAGCAGCGCAAAAUAUAUGUUCAGAAAAUGUUGAGACAUUUUCAUUCGCUAAAUUAAAUUUGAUCUGUCUUUUUAAUUGUGUGCUCCGUAUUUAGUUUAAGAUGGGUUAUAAUUAUGUCUGUUGUAAAAUAAGUAACAUCAGCCUAUUUCUGUCAUUUGUUGGGUAGGGUAGGCACUUGCUGCCAUAUACUGUAUCCUGUUCAGAACGUUUGUGAAUGUUUAAACCAUAUUUCAUUCUGUUGAGACAUUUUGUUUGGCCAAAUUAAGUUCCAACUGUCAUGCUGUGUUUGCGCAAUAUAAUAGCCUGCUCCUAUAUUCCUUAUAAACAAUGGAUUUACUUACUUUUGAUGUUACCCUAAUAAAGUUCAGAAACUUUUGUGAACGUUUGGUAUGGUGUGGCUAUUAUUAAGCUUUAGCUACUGCAAGCCUAUGAUAUGAAGGCAGUGAGCACCAGCGCUCCAAUUGACUCCGACAGUUGAACUUGAAGUGAGGAAGAAUGUUUCAGGCCUACCAGAGUUACUCCUAUAAUCGAACAAUAUAAUACUUAUCUUUAUACAAAAUAUUCUGAUUUGAAAAUUUUGUAAUUAACCUCCUGUAAGUUUAUAUCUGUAUCGCAGACGCAGUAGCCAUCUGACAUAAAGAAAUGCAUGUCGGUGUCAUAGCAUGUCGCUGGCAUAGCAUGUCGCUGGCAUAUCCAUCUCUCUCUCUAUGGGGAUAGGCCUAAGCUUCUCUUCCUUUUUUUUUUUUUUUUUAUAUAUAUAUACACACACACACAGUACCAGUCAAAAGUUUGGACACACCUACUCAUUCAAGGGUUUUUCUUUAUUUUUACUAUUUUCUACAUUGUAGAAUAAUAGUGAAGACAUCAAAACUAUGAAAUAACACAUAUGGAAUCAUGUAGUAACCAAAAAAGCUUACACAAAUCUUCAAAGUAGCCACCCUUUGCCUUGAUGACAGCUUUACACACUCUUGGCAUUCUCUCAACCAGCUUCAUGAGGUAGUCACCUGGAAUGCAUUUCAAUUAACGGGUGCCUAGUUAAAUAUUAAUUUCUUGAAUUUCUUUCCUUCUUUUUAAUUCGUUUUUUAUUUACAUUUUUUAAAAUCUUUUUUAUUUUUGUCAUUUAGCAGACGCUCUUAUCCAGAGCGACUUACAGUUAGUGAACACAUAUAUUAUUUUAUUUUUUUGUUUUUUAUUUUUUCUGUUAUUAUUAUUUAUUUAUUUUAUAUAUAUUUUUUUUAUACUGGCCCCCCGUGGGAAUCGAACCCACAACCCUGGCGUUGCAAACGCCAUGCUCUAUCAACUGAGCUACAUCCCUGCCGGCCAUUCCCUCCCCUACCCUGGACCAAUUGUGCGCCGCCCAUGAGUCUCCCGGUCACGGCCGGCUGCGACAGAGCCUGGAUUCGAACCAGGAUCUCUAGUGGCACAGUUAGCACUGCGAUGCAGUGCCUUAGACCACUGCGCCACUCAGGAGUACACCAUUUGAGCCAAUCAAGUUGUGUUGUGACAAGGUAGGGGGGGUAUACAGAAGAUAGCCCUAUUUGGUAAAAGACCAAGUCCAUAUUAUGGCAAGAACAGCUCAAAUAAGCAUAGAGAAACGACAGUCCAUCAUUACUUUAAGACAUGAAGGUCAGUCAAUCCGGAAAAUUUCAAGAAGUUCCAGAGUUACCUCUGCUGCUGAGGAUAAGUUCAUUAGAGUUAACCGCACCUCAAAUUGCAGCCCAAAUAAAUGCUUCACAGAGUUCAAGUAACAGACACAUCUCAACAUCAACUGUUUGUAGGAGACUGCGUGGAUCAGGCCUUCAUGGUCGAAUUUCUGCAAAGAAACCACUACUAAAGGACACCAAUAAGAAGAAGAGACUUGCUUCGGCCAAGAAACAUGAGCAAUGGACAUUAGACCGGUGGAAAUCUGUCCUUUGGUCUGAUGAGUCCAAAUUUGAGAAUUUUGGUUCCAACCGCAGAGUAGGUGAACGGAUGAUCUCUGCAUGUGUGGUUCCCACCGUGAAGCAUGGAGGAGGAGGUGUUAUGGUGUGGGGGUGUGGGGGUGCUUUGCUGGUGACACCGUCAGUGAUUUUAUUUAGAAUUCAAGGCACGCUUAACCAGCAAGGCUACCACAGCAUUCUGCAGCGAUAUGCCAUCCCAUCUGGUUUGCACUUUGUGGGACUAUCAUUUGUUUUUUGACAGGACAAUGACCCAAAACAUACCUCCAGGCUGUGUAAGGGCUAUUUGACCAAGGAGAGUGAUGGAGUGCUGCAUCAGAUGACCUGGCCUCCACGGUCACCCGACCUCAACCCAAUUGAGAUGGUUUGGGAUGAGUUGGACCACAGAGUGAAGGAAAAUAAGCCAACAAGUGCUCAGCAUAUGUGGGAACUCCUUCAAGACUGUUGGAAAAGCAUUCCUCAUGAAGCUGGUUGAGAGAAUGUCAAGAGUGUGCAAAGCUGUCAUCAAGGCAAAGGUUGCUACUUUGAAGAAUCUCAAAUAUAAAAUAUAUUUUGAUUUGUUUAACACUUUUUUUGGUUACUACAUGAUUCCAUGUGUGUUAUUUCAUAGUUUUGAUAUCUUCACUAUUGUUCUACAAUGUAGAAAAUAUAUAUAGAAAACCCUUGAAUGAGUAGGUGUGUCCAAACUUUUGACUGGUACUGUAUAUAUUAGUUAUACUAUUUUGAUAUUGAUUACUGCACUGUUGGGUAGAGUAUGCAAGUUAAGCAUUUCACUGUACUUGUGCAUGUGACAAUAAAACUUGAACUUGGGAGGAAAGCCCCAGCUCCCGACACCUGAGUUUUCAGACUGCUCCGAACUCUAAUUCACAUAUAAGCGACGGUACUUUGUCACCCCACUUCCUUCCAAUAUAAAUGGAGUAGUUGUUUAUGAGAGGAUUGAUAGUGACAAUCUCUAUUGCCCUCACAGUGAAGGAGAAAGGCGAGGCCAAGCCUAGGCAGCAAACCAUAGACCUGAGCCAGAUGGCCGUUCCCCUUCAGAUGGCCCAGGACAAGAAGCAGCAGGCCUUAAGCUCCUCCGAGAUGUCCACUGUAGAGACUGAACCACCCAUCGAAUAUGUCACUGACGGUACGUGACCGGACCACUCCAAGUGUGUCCCAAAUGGCACCCUAUUCCCUAUACCAGGGCUGCCCAACCCUCUUCCUGGAGAUCGUGGUCUCGUGUAGCUCAGUUGGUAGAGCAUGGCGCUUGCAACGCCAGGGUUGUGGGUUCGAUUCCCACAGGGGGCCAGUAUGAAAAUGUAUGCACUCACUAACUGUAAGUCUGCUAAAUGACUGAAAUGUAAAUGUAAUCUACCGUCCUAUGGGUUUUCAGUCCAACCCAAUUAAACAGACCUGAUUCUACUUAUUAGCUGCUCAACAAGACCUUAACAAGCUGAAUCAGAUAUGCUAAAUUAGGGUUGGACUGAAAACCUACAGGACAGUAGAUCUCCAGGAAGAGGGUUGGGCAGCCCUGCCCUGUACAGUAGUGCACUAUAUCGAGCAGGGCUGUUCUGUUUUUUGUUUAUACCUGGUAGUUAAUUGCACUCACCUGUUGUCCCAGGUCUGAAUUAGUCCCUUAUUAGAAGGAGAGGAUGAAAACCAGAAGUGUUUUGGCCCUAAAUGGAUAUGUUGCUCACUUCCUUUUCAUAAUGUGUUGUUGCUAAGUACAUUGAAGUAUAUCAUACUUGGUCACCACUUAAUAAUGAUAUUACACCAUGGAUGUAAAAUAAUGCACUUUUCUGCUCAUGUAUUCUUCAGGGGUUUACACACAAUUGUAGCCCCCGCCCUAACCAGGCUGAAUAGAGCAAAGUGAAAAAACAGCUGGCUGUUCGAUACUUCCCCAUGCUCACUAAAGAAUGGCUCAAAGUAAUGCAGUUCGUGUCGACCCCAUAGUGUAAAUAGUUUUAUUCCAUGUCUAUGACUGUCUAACUUUGUGCAGGUAAAGCAAGCAGGGCCGGACCAUCCUCUGUAGGCGUGGGGGACGUGGGCAUAUCCGCUAGCCAGCAGCAGGGGGCACCCUCGCAAAACAACAGCCACACCCCCGUGAUGGCCAAGUCCAUCCCCACCUCCUCUGCAGUCACCGUCACACGCAUUGUCCAACUGGUGAGAGAAAUGCCUACCUAGAAUGCAUGCCCUUGUCUGUCUUUGUAUUCUUCUUCACCUAUGUUUUAUCAAAGUAUUUUUUCUAAUUAUAUAGUUUAUAGAUAGUGCAUGUUAUACUCCAUUAUCUCACUGUCAUAUGAUCUCACUGUUCAUUGGGUAAGUGUUCCAGUGUAUCAAUAUGCACCAAUAUACACUGCUCAAAAAAAUAAAGGGAACACUUAAACAACACAAUGUAACUCCAAGUCAAUCACACUUCUGUGAAAUCAAACUGUCAACUUAGGAAGCAACACUGAUUGACAAUACAUUUCACAUGCUGUUGUGCAAAUGGAAUAGACAACAUGUGGAAAUUAUAGGCAAUUAGCAAGACACCCCCAAUAAAGAAGUGGUUCUGCAGGUGGUGACCACUGACCACUUCUCAGUUCCUAUGCUUCCUGGCUGAUGUUUUGGUCACUUUUGAAUGCUGGCGGUGCUUUCACUCUAGUGGUAGCAUGAGACGGAGUCUACAACCCACACAAGUGGCUCAGGUAGUGCAGCUUAUCCAGGAUGGCACAUCAAUGCGAGCUGUGGCAAGAAGGUUUGCUGUGUCUGUCAGCGUAGUGUCCAGAGCAUGGAGGCGCUACCAGGAGACAGGCCAGUACAUCAGGAGACGUGGAGGAGGCCGUAGGAGGGCAACAACCCAGCAGCAGGACUGCUACCUCCGCCUUUGUGCAAGGAGGAGCAGGAGGAGCACUGCCAGAGCCCUGCAAAAUGACCUCCAGCAGGCCACAAAUGUGCAUGUGUCUGCUCAAACGGUCAGAAACAGACUCCAUGAGGGUGGUAUGAGAUGAGAUCCUCAGACCCCUUGUGAGACCAUAUGCUGGUGCGGUUGGCCCUGGGUUCCUCCUAAUGCAAGACAAUGCUAGACCUCAUGUGGCUGGAGUGUGUCAGCAGUUCCUGCAAGAGGAAGGUAUUGAUGCUAUGGACUGGCCCGCCCGUCCCCAGACCUGAAUCCAAUUGAGCACAUCUGGGACAUCAUGUCUCGCUCCAUCCACCAACGCCACGUUGCACCACAGACUGUCCAGGAGUUGGCGGAUGCUUUAGUCCAGGUCUGGGAGGAGAUCCCUCAGGAGACCAUCCGCCACCUCAUCAGGAGCAUGCCCAGGCGUUGUAGGGAGGUCAUACAGGCACGUGGAGGCCACACACACUACUGAGCCUCAUUUUGACUUGUUUUAAGGACAUUACAUCAAAGUUGGAUCAGCCUGUAGUGUGGUUUUCCACUUAAAUUUUGAGGGUGACUCCAAAUCCAGACCUCCAUGGGUUGAUACAUUUGAUUUCCAUUGAUAAUUUUUGUGUGAUUUUGUUGUCAGCACAUUCAACUAUGUAAAGAAAAAAGUAUGUAAUAAGAUUAUUUCAUUCAUUCAGAUCUAGGAUGUGUUGUUUAUGUGUUCCCUUUAUUUUUUUGAGCAGUGUAUAUCUAUCUACAGUAUACCAAUACAUCGAUAUACCAGUAUCACAUGUUCUAGUAUGCAUUAGUUUCUUUGACUUGUGACACUAGUCUCAUUGAUAGUACAUUGUUAUUCCAGGCUUCGGCAGGCCAACUGAUCCACAGUAAGCAUGCGGAGGAGACUGUGAUGGAGGAGGGCGAACUGGAGGGGGACACCCUGGACCCCCAGACGGGCCUGUUCUACCGCUCCAUCCAACCCGCUGCAGUCCAGCCCCCUGCCCCCCAUCACCAAAGCCAGUCACACUCGGAGCCCCAGUCGGAGCAGGGCAGACACAUACCCCACUCCACCCAAACCCCACCCCAACCCCCACAGCUACACUGCAAGUCCCAGAUGAGCCUGCCUUCCACCGCCACCUUGGCAAAGGAGCCACCCCAGCUCCAAGAGCAAUACCAGCCCAAGCCCCAGGCUCCAGGGCAGAGCCUGAAGGAGAGGCCCUCCUCUGCCUCGGGAUCCCCCCAGCUGGCGGGCCUGGGCACCCCCACCAAGCCUCCCUCACUCACCCCCCAGCUCCCCAAGUUGCAGCAGGCGCCCACCUCCCACCACAGGCCCAUCCACACACAGCUGUCCCAGCCACCGCCACUACAGGCCCACCACCCGGUGGGUGCAGACAAGACUCCUGCCACAAGCCAGGUGAGUACCCUCCCUCUUUGAUGCACAUCCAGGGUCAGGUGCCUAUUUGAUUUAUUUGGACAUUUAUUUGUCCGGGACAGAUCCGGUUGACACAGUGAAUCAUCAAUAGUAAAAUGCAUUGUGCCAUAAUGCUUUAGAAUAGAACUUCAUUUAAACUUUAUUUUCCCUCAAGAUGGAUUUUGUCCUGCGCAUUUAAAAUAAUUUGCAAUACACAAACAGAUGUACAUAGUUCACAUUCCAUACAGAAAUAACACGUGUAAAUCUUGUGCUUAUACACAGCACCUGUCCUUUGGUAGGCCUUUAAGAUCAAGGAGAUAAGACGGAGCUCUGGGCACCGUGCCUCAAUGCUCAAUUCCCUUCCAAUCACAUCAGUGUUAUUUGUACAGCAGCGCAGGGAGCCUGACAAAACCUUCAAAGCCCUCCACUUAUGACCACCUGAAAAAAAAAUCCCAUUGUUUUUCUUUCAAAAGGAGCACCUGGGUUUUAGAGUUUUCCCAUGCCCUACUCUAGUUUCAACCAUAGAAAUAUAAUUACUAGAAUGGGAAAAGCCCUUUCAGACCAUGGCAAUUUGACUGUAACACUCUUGGGUACAUUCAAUAUGGCUGCAUGUCCACUUAUUACAAAAUGUUGACAUGAAUGGCAAUGUCCGUUUUAGUCAUUCUAUUUCUAUGGUUCCAACCAUAUCUGUUUUUCCCUCUCUCUCCUGACACAGGCGCCAAUCAUCACCCAGGGCGCCAGCAUCACCAAGAUCACCUUUGGCGGUAGCAGCAGCCACCAGUCCCUGCCCGUGUCCAGCAGCGGCGAGGCCACUGCCAAGCUGGUCCCUGCCGAGCCCAGCAGCUCGGGCUCGUCCGGUGGCGAGAAGCCCUCCGUCUCGGACAUCCUUAAGAUCUCCAUGAUGGAGGCAGAGAUCGACCCCAGUGCUGAACCCAUGGUGGUGGACUCGUCCAGUGACUGCAGCCCUUACGUAAAGGCCCUGGACUUGGGGGCGCUGGGGGGCUCAGGUCCGGUCAUCAGCAGCUCAGGGGCCUCCCUGCAUCACUCGUCCCACUCCAAGCCCCAGCAUGACCAGUUUAGCCGCAUCCAGGGCCUAGCGGCCAAGAGCAAAGAGGACCUGGAUGUCAUUGAGGUAAGUUGCUGUGAGCCAUAUGAUAAACAGUUCUUAAACAUAGCUUUUUAAUAGAACACAACUGAUCUCUGCUUUUAACAUCUAUCAACAAGAAAAGCUAAACAUGCAUUACGCCACUCCCCAGGUAAUUCCUCAGUACUCCAUCAUGCCAGACUCCAGUCAGUCCAAUGUGGUGAUGGAGCCCAGCGGCUUCCUGGAGAUCACAGACUACACCAGCCAGCGGCUGGACGAGGAGAGCGUCAUGGAGCAGGAGGUGGACAGCAGCAACGAUGAGGCCACCGCUGUCAGCCCCAUGGAGGAGGGCUGCCCUGACCAGUCCCAGUGA